AUGAAUGCAAAUACAGAGAAGUCGUUGCCAGAGCCGUAUUCAGAAAGAAGGGAGCAAGCUUCUUUCGUGAAAGAAAUUCAAGUCGAAAAUAGUUCCUAUUGUGCUACACUACAUAAACUUAAGAGCGAUCAUGAACUCGGAGUCAACGUACAAAGUGCUUUGGACGCGUUUGAGGCGGAAAAAAAAUCUUCAAUAGUGACCAAUUUUUGGACGGAAAUCCAAAACUUAGAAGAGGAAAAAAUGCUAUUCGAACCGCCUCGUUGGGGCACCUCAACAUAUUCGGGAAAACGUACAAAUUUACCAACUAAUUUUCAUCAACAACCAGAAGUGCAACAAGAAUUACGAGAAUCUGGUGCAGAGUUUAAUACAAUGCGAAUUGGUAUGUUUGGCGCUACCACUACAAAAUUUGUUAUCAUUAAACAUUCUUAUAUUAUUAUUGAUGUUACAAUCCAUCCGAGUUAG